UGGUUACGGAGAAACCCAAGAAAAAUGGAGAAAUCGAAGAUUGGGAGGAGGUUCGAAGGCAAAGUAGCGAUUGUGACGGCAUCCACUCAGGGCAUCGGGUUCGGCAUCGCCGAGCGCCUCGGUUUGGAAGGCGCCUCCGUCGUCAUCUCAUCCCGCAAGCAGAAAAACGUUGAUGAAGCAGUUGAGAAACUUAAAGCUCAAGGAAUUGAAGCGUUGGGAGUCGUAUGCCACGUUUCAAAUGAGCAACAAAGGAAGAAUUUCAUCAACAAGACUGUGCAGAAAUAUGGAAAAAUAGAUGUGGUAGUAUCAAAUGCAGCUGCCAAUCCAUCAGUUGACCCCAUAUUGCAAACCCAAGAAUCUGUGCUUGACAAGCUAUGGGAAAUCAACGUCAAAGCUACUAUACUUCUUCUCAAGGAUGCGUCGCCGCACUUGACAAAGGGUUCUUCUGUUGUUAUUAUUUCCUCAAUUGCUGGCUACAAUCCACCAGGAGCUGCCAUGGCUAUGUAUGGGGUCACUAAAACAGCCCUUCUUGGGCUAACCAAGGCCCUUGCUGGUGAUAUGGCGCCAGAUACACGCGUAAAUUGUGUUGCUCCGGGUUUUGUUCCUACAAACUUUGCUUCAUACAUUACAGAAAAUGAUGCUGUGAGGAAGUCCCUCGAGGAGAACACGUUGCUCAAGAGGCUCGGCACCACUGCAGACAUGGCUGCUGCCGCUGCCUUUUUGGCAUCUGAUGAUGCUUCUUACAUAACAGGAGAAACUAUAGUGGUGGCAGGAGGGAUGCCCUCUCGACUCUAAUUCCCUUCUUUAUCGACAUGUUCUUUGCUCUAAUCACUACAAGAACAAAUGUUUUUCAUAAUUGGCAUUAGACCUUGAAGUAAAUAUCAAUAAGAUUCACUGCUAUUGAUUUUCGACUUUAA